CAAGACGCCAUUGCUGAAAGCUCUAAUUAUAUAAACAGUGUUGACAAGAGAAUCUUCAACAAAAUGUGAGGAAUUGGCUGAGUUUGAAACUAAAAUAACACAUUGUAAAUACGACGAUUCUAGGAUGGAAUUGGAAGCUUUAAUCGUCUUGUUGUUGAGUGUGGUGACGUCAUGCCUCCGCCGUGGACCCCAUCACCCCGCUGGUCAGGGUGUACACCAUUCCCAUCACCACUACGUACCACGGGGCACCGAUAAGUUGACUCAAGAGUCGAAUCUACUGCACGAUGCUAAGCACAUAGAAGAGGAUGUAAAAGAGUUAACACCAGAGUUACUGGCCAAUAUGACACCAGAGGAGUUAGAGUUCCACUACUUCUCCGCGCAUGAUUUCGAUAAAAACUCAAUGUUGGAUGGUUUGGAAAUGCUGAAGGCUGUAUAUCACACCGCAGAACAUGAACAUCAAGAAGAAUCUACAAUUGAAUCCGAUGCUAUCAGCUUAGCGACCUAUAUUGAUAUCGUGGAUCGUACGCUGGAGUCCGAUGACACAGACGGUGAUGGCUUCGUGUCUUACGCUGAGUACAGAGCCGCCAGGAUAAACAAUCCUUUAGACAGACCGCCAGCUGUCAUUGCAAGUCAUAUAACAUAGGUUGAUUGGAUUCCACACACAUAUAACGCGCGAGUUGAAUGCAGAGUUCUGGAAUGCUAUAGUGCUGUGACCUAAUUUUUAUUGAUGAACGUAAGUUAUGGGUGUGUCGAUGAAGGAGCACAACCAAAUUGGUACUGGCAUGUACAGUUAUCAUUUUUAUAUAGAUUAUUGUACGAUUUACUACGAGUAAAAUUUGUUUAAAUCAGGAGUCGUAGCUAGUGAAAGUCUAAAAACAUUAUUUAAAAUUAUCAAAUAGUUUGGAAUAGAACCCAGUUAGUAUUAAUCGAUUUUGUCAUUACAAAAAUAAAUAAGUACAGAAAUAUGUCUAAUAUAACCACGGACUAGUAAAAAAAUAAGGACGCCGUGUCACCUUAAAUAACAGUGUAGCACCAAAACAAGCCGAUUAACGUGUAACUACAUAGCCCCAUGCACUUACACUACUAGAGGCCGAUAGGCGGCCAUUAUGAGAAUUGUCAUCGUCUGUGACAGAUCAGUUUGCGUCUCAAUAAAGUAUUUUAAAAAUGCUGUCGUGUGUUGUGAAAAAGUGUAAAAACGAUACUACUUGUGGCCAUAUAUGAUUAUUUAAGGGAGAAAAAAUUGUGUAACUAGUAUCCCCCGUAACCACACACACACUAGCAUAACGGUGCUUCACUUGCUAAUAUCACGGCGCGGAAUCCUUCUUUUUUUACUCGUCAGUGGAUAUUACUAAUUACUAUUAAUAUUAAUUAUUAACGCAAUUCCAGUAGUGUUUUUAGUAUUCAGUUACCUAAAGUAUCAGCUACCGUAUUUAUAAGGGUAUUUAUUUUUUUAUUAGUGUUUUAGUAUAGAUUCGAUGUGGCUGAUAUUAAGACCUCAAAUCGAUGUCAACUGUCAAUUUCUAUCGUAGUUUCUUACUUUAACAUAAGAUUUUAUUCACUUGUGAUUUGCGAACGCUUGCUAGAUGCUUUGGUGUUUUUGUUUUUUUUUGCGACUAAAUAAUAAUGAGAGGAUAAAUGUAGAAUAUGAGGAAAUCAAUUAAUAAAGUUAAUAAAAUUAUUAUUGUUUCCUCUUUAUACUUUUUGUGAUUUCAUUUGGUAAAAGAUUCUGACGAACUGAGAAACUCCUGCUUUUUUGAAGCGAGUUAAAAAAAGCUCUUGUUAAAGUUAUUUAGGAAAACCUUUAUCAUCAGAUGGAAUUAUUUAUGUAGUUAACCCUUCUAUUUCCUUUCGUUGUAAUCCUUCGAUGGAAAAAACUGAGGAUGCAUAUAACUGUGGAGUAAGUGUGUGUUACUCUUGGGUGAGACUGUUACAACAUGCUUAAUCAAAUAAUAUUGUGGUUUCAUCACUUUAGACAUUUAUUUGGUCUUAAUCUAAGAAAUCAAUCAAAUCAAUUAUAAAAUACGGCUUAUUUUGUAAUUACUUGCUCAAACAACAAGUUCUGAAAGUUUGAAUAAAGCGGCUUUCAUGAAAUAUAAAAACCAUUAUAACUAAUGAACCCCGCUAGGUAGCAAAUCUAAUAAAAACUGUAAGUAUACUAAAGCAGUAAGGUUUGUAAUGGCAUAUGUUUUGUUGAUGUAAAACGAAUUUUAUUUCAGUACCAAUGCUCCAUACAAACUGGUUGUUCUCCUUUAAACAAUGCUUAAAGUUUACAAUUUUGCACUAAUUAAUAAAACAAGGUUAUCAUCAUUUUCAACUAAUAAUAAUUAAAACUCUAAUUCCUUCAACACAUACGUCUAAAACAUUUUUCAUGAUUAAAACUCGCAACGGAACCUGAUGGACACGGAUCAGUCAUUAUUAAAAAUUAAAAACUUAACACGGUAUCGCAACCUUAGUAUUAAUGCAGUAACAUAUAUAUAACACGGUAAGACUACGGCACAGCACUACACACAGGUGUGGGACAGACGCCUUAAAGUGACGUUUUCAGAAGACUGUAGUGCCAUCUGUUAGUUGGCCCGAAAAUGAAAGCUUUGUCAGCUGUCACUCGGUUUGAAACCUUUCAACUUUUCUUUAAUUGUGUCACUGCCCACUGGUCAUAAAAUGGCGGCUACUUCUAGCGUUUGCGCAUGUAUGUAACCCGAGGGUUACAUACACGAGUGUCCCAUUUUGAAUUUUUACAAUACUAUAUCUAUCGUUUAUGUUCUAUGUUGUGACACAAUUAAAUAACUAACUCUACGCGAAAUGACAACAUGGUAAAAAAUUGCAAUACCUACAUUAAAAUGUAGAGUUAGUUAUUUAAUUGCGUCACAACAUUACAAAUGAAUUUUAUAAUUUCGAGCUUAUAUAUAGUUAUUUUCGGGGCCAACCUCCAGAUGGCGCUAGUUUUCAAAUAGACAGAUGAUGUUUCCGCUGUUUACACCAGGCCCCGACUGCAUUUAACUCGCGCGCUAACGUAUGCUUGUGGUAUUGCUGUGGAGGAAUCGACAGUUGCCCUAAAGUACCAGCAAGGAACUCCACAGGUUCCUCACGCAGACGGGGUAAAGGAUAAUCUGUUAUAAUUAAUUUAUAAGAUAUUAUAAAUAAUGGUAAUUUUUCUGUUGGUUUUUAAUAAUGUAAUAUACCUCGGUGUUUGUAGGCACUUUAUUGUAAAUACGUUUAAUUAUCACUAUUAUCUAUAAUUAAAUUAUUUUACACUAAGAAGUACGUACAGUUUCAAUUUAUUUAAUUUUUAAAUAUAAAUGAUUAUAUUUAUUGGGUUCUGUUCAAAGAAUAAAAUAUUGUACAUUAAAUUGUUCAUAUCAAA